AUUUAAAACACGAAACAAACCGAGGAAUACGUGAUCUUUUGUCUCUAGGACCCUGUAGCACCUGCUGGUCCCUGAGAGCCUUGACGUCAGCGCAGUAAACACAGAGGUCUCCGGUGCGCCACAGGCGGAGCGUCCGUCCAGCGCGCAACGCAGCCGGCUGCGGGGGCUCCAGCACCGGCAGCAUCCAGCGCACUCAGCGGACACUCUGCGUGAGGAGGGGACGCACCGGCGCGCAGAUCCACAUCCAGAGCAUCCUCCCCCGGGGUCCGGACCCUCUCCUGCCUCCUCACCAUGUCCUCUGCUGUCACGGAGACGGAGGAGUCGGCGCGCAGCUCCCCGCUCACUCCGCUCAAACUGGUCGGACUGGUCUGCGUGUUCCUGGCGCUCUGUCUGGACGUGGGAGCCGUGAUGAGCCCGGCGUGGGUGACCGCCGACGACCAGUACUACCUGUCCCUGUGGGAGUCCUGCUGGAAGCCGGCGAGCACCGAGAACUGGCAGUGCAGCAGCACGUUGGGCUCAGGUCACCAUCAAGGUCUUGUGCAUUUCAUUUUUAGCUCUGACUGGCAGGUUGCUACACUGGCCCUGUUGCUAGGGGGUGGAGCCCUGGUGCUGAUGUCAUUCCUUAUCGCUCUGGUUGCCGUGUGCAUCGGGACGAGAAGGCGAUUUUACGCACCCGUCGCUUUCAUGCUCUUCGCUGCAGUCGUCCUCCAGGCCUGCAGCUUGGUCCUCUACCCCAUCAAGUUCAUCGAGAGCAUCAACCUGAGGAUCUACCACGAGUUCAACUGGGGCUACGGCCUGGCCUGGGGUGGGACCAUCUUCUCCUUCGGCGGGGGAAUCCUGUACUGCCUCAAUCCCAAGAACUACGAGGAGUACUAUUAGGUCAAUUUCAAGGUGGAAACUCUACAGUUGCAUACCAGGAGGGGUGUUCAGGGGGUUGGGUGGGGGUUGGAGUUUGUGUGGGUGGUGAUGGUGGUGGGGCAGCUUUGAGGAUUGAGCAUUGAGGAAUACUGUUCACUGGAUUACGGUCUGGAGAUGUAUUUUCUUGCCUUGACUCAACAUAAGUGUGGGAGCUAAGAAUGAUGGGUAUUUGAACCGGCAGCCAAAAAGUCAGCAGGCCUGUCCUGGGCAGGGGUGGGGGGACGGGUAGUAAACCAGUCUUACUGAUUUACUACUCGUGACACAGCUGGGACACACUGGAAACCAUCUUCUUUGUGAAAGAAACAACAAGAACUGCUGGAUUUUUGUCCCCAGUGACGACCCACUACUAAAGAAACAAGAUGUCAGACUGGGAGGCUUUUACCGCACGUUUACACACGCAUGCACAUGCAAAAAGAAAAGUAUAUCUUCACCUGUUAACAUCAAAUUCUUGUGCAUGACAUCUUCAAAAAGCCCCAGACCCUUGCUCCAUCUGCACAUCAUCAUCAUCACCAUCACCAUCAUCAUCAUCAUCAGUGGCACUGAGAGUUGUUACCAAACGUCCUCGGGAGUUCAUUCACUUUCUCAAGGACGUAGAAGAGGCCACAGUUGCGCCUCAUAAGACAGAUAGAUUAGUCUUGUGGGGGGGAGGCUAAGAGAGGGGAAUAAAAUGAAGACACCCGAUCAAUAUUCUGUUAUCGAACCACUUGUCUGUUAGUGUGGCAACCCACAGGGUGUGCACGGGCGGCUGUCACGAUAGAUUAGCCCUGGUCCGAGGUGUGAGACGGGGCUGGACUCAGCUGCCUCCUGGGGUCUGCUGAAUUUCAGGUCCCUGUUGAGGGAAGUUUUCAUGCAUCGCGACAUUCGGAACAUCCUUCCUCCUCUGGUGCAGCACGAUGAAGUGUCCUCUCUGUGGCCAUGUUUACAUGCACAACAGUGGUGUACGAGAGUUCAGAUUUAUGAAUCUUAAGUGCCCGUCUCAGCUGGAGGGAGAGAGAAGUCGCAGAUUGCAACCAACUGAAUUACUGCUCCCCCCCACCCCGCCUGGCCUUGCAUAGAGACUGUUGUGAGUCUCUGCAGGAACGUGGACUUCCUCUUUAUGUAGAUCUCAUUCUGAGCUACCAAAACCUAAAUGAUUCUCAGUUUCAGGUGAUGAUACAUUCAUGAAAAAUAAACAACUAUGAAUAGCCCUAAAUUCUACACACUGGUCAUUUAAGUGUUCCUAAUUCAGAAAUCAUUUUAUCAUCUGAAAAUAAAAUUCAUUCAUAAUAAUGGCAAAUUUUUUCUUGCAAUCAGAGCAUUACUAUAUGCAUGUAAACACAGCCACUGAAGGUGACUAUUUAUAAACCACAGCAGUGUAUCUAGGCCACGUUUCAUUAACAGUAAAUUGCUCUCUCCUUGUCUGCAGUAAAUGUCAGGGAUCAGUGGAGGAAGCGCCUGGCAUGCAGCUGCUGGCUCGGAGAGAGCAAAUGUCAGAUGUCGCCAUGGAUGGCUGCUUGUACAGAUAUCGACAUUAAGUAUUGUUUUGUAGCAUCACCUCCUUUCAGUAAAGAUCAUCCGACAGCAGCUGCAUAAUUGAGCAUAAACAGUGUUUAUCUGGUUUCCACUGGCCUCAGGGUUUGGCUCUAAUCAGCUGUAGUUUGGGUGGUCGCCAAGGAUCCAGUGUAAUUCCUGGACGGAGCCAGUUUUGUAACUUCUAAGCUGAUUUUGAACUUGAGAUUGGGCGAUAAAACAGGCAGAUGCUGCUAUUUUUAUCUGUCAUUCUGCAAAAACAUUGUGUUCUCAGCUCCCCUGUGUGCUGAAUUACUUUCCCUCACCCUGUGACCUCCAUCCUGCAUUCAAAACACAGUCUGUUAUUUCACUAGUGCACCAGGGAGCCAGAAUGUAAAAUAUGACAUUUUGGAAAUACAAACGGUAUCUUUAUCUGUCCUCGCAGUUCUCUCAUAUUUGCUUCGCCGCUGACAAGCACCCAUCCCCCCAAAAUAGGAUCUAGGCUUCCUCCCUGGCCACCUUAAUAAAAAGUGGACCUGUGCAGCCACCGUACGACUCGUGCAGCAGGCAGAAGUCCAUCUGUUUUAUAGGAAGUGACACGACACAGACAAACCAACUCCUCUGUUGUUGAUGAUGAAAAGUGGUGUUUGUCAGUACAACACCACUACACAGAUCUGAUGUGACGCACAGGUGAUAGUUAACAUUACUGCCUCUAUUUACAGUCUGUCAAUAAAAUACUUACUGAGAUAAAUUAAACACCUAUACACUGUACAAGUUGGAAUUAUACAAUGUUAACUGCAGCUCUUAAGAGAGGAAUUCAUUUGACUAAUCACUGAGCACAGAUUGAAUAAUGACGACCUCCAGUAACUUGUGAGAAAUGAGAGGUAACAGAGCAAUUAAAUCUGUUUGUUGUGUUAUACUGAAGGAAGAAAACAACUUCGCUGGAGGAGAUGUAAUAAGUUAUUAUUAUAAUAUGAUAUUAAAUUAAAAUAAAGGAGGAUUUAUUAAGUAUUGAUAUCGAGAAAGUCAGCAGAGUUUCAGAAUCCCAUGGAAGGUUGAAACUGAGUCUGUCCCACAAAUCUCAAUUUAACAUCAGCGGCCAGCAGGGAAAGUGAUCUUUCAAAAUCACUUUCUCUGUCCAUCUUCCUACCAGAUCAGAUCCGAUGUGGAGACACCUGGUUUCCUCGCUCUCUUGACAAAUGUCAAAGUUGAAAAAGACCUGUCCUAGCUGCAGGGGGUGACUGGGAGAGUAUGAGCUGGUAUAUCGUAUCUCAAGGUGCAACCUGUGAACCAAGAGCUUGUGCUCCAUCAACUGCUGAAGCUGAGGGGUCUCCUCACUUGUGGACUUUGUGAGACCAUCUCUGUCAAUCUGAGACGCUGUGAAGUGUCAGCACUGAAUCUGUCAGAGACGCUCUGCUCAUAUCAAGUGUUUCAAAGAAGAAGACCUGCUUGCUGUCAUCUUUCCUCCUUUAGAUCUUCCUUCUCCUCUUCGCCUCCCGAUGAACAUUGAUCUCUGAUGCAACCGAUUUGAGACCCUUGAUGUGCAAUCACACUCAAGUUCUAAAGCUGAGCAGAUGUCUGGACCUCAAAAUCAGAUCACUCACCAUCACAGCUCCAUAUUUAACAUGAACUUGUUAAGUACUUCCAGUGUAAUUUGUCAUUCUCGAUAUAGCAAGUCCUAAACAUUCAUUUGUUACUUCCUCUUCCGCUGCACUAGCACAGUGUGUAUUUCAUUGCUUCCCACGGACAAACUAUUUACACUGCAAUUUUACGAGCUGUAAUCUGGAGCAUUAAUGGACGGGGUAAACUUGUGGGCACGAUGUGAUGGAGAGUGAAGCCACUUAAUCUCACUUUACAAACUCUUCCGGGAGCCGUAAACCUCCUGAUGUAAAUUCACUGUGUGUUUACUCUCAGCUGAUGGACGUCAGGUGAAAAUAGGCAACAAGGGCGCCAGAGUCCCUCAACGUCCCCGUGCAGUUUGUUGAGCACUGAGUGGAAACAGAGAGAGUGCCCACUUUUACAGCCAGAAUUCCAUUAUUCAUACCGAGCUAUGUGGGUCAGCGGGUGCAUUUCAGCACACUAAGUUACAAAGAUGUCCCUGCUGGCCGCUGACGGGGGGGGGGGG